ACCCUCUUGACUUGUUGUUGUUGUGUUGUGAUGCAAACGGUGGACCGGUGGACGAUGUCGGUGCCAAUUUUUAAACUGUUUGAUCUCUGUUCUCUAGUCACUCUUGUUUAAAUUUAAAACUCACCAUGGAAAUUAGUCUCAGCAAACCUCAAAAAAGUGCUGUGAAAGUCCCAUUGGGCCGUAUUUUAGUUAACAAAAGAUGGAGAGGGAGUUUACUGUGCAAAGAGCUCGACUCAGCUGAUAGUAAAGUUGCAUACAGUGACGGUUUGGGGUUUGUGGACUUUUUCCCGUCAGACUCCUGUGCCGUUAUUUAUAUUACAGAGGCAGAGCUACUAACUCCGAAAUCUUUCACGGAAAGAAUUAAUUUGCUAGCUAAGGAAUAUCACAAUCGUGGAGUGGUAAUUGUGGAUGUUUGCCGGUCAACAAGUUAUCAAGAUUUCCAAGACUUAGCUUGUAUAGAGUUAGAACUGACUGUGUAUCCUGUAUCUCAGCAAAAUGAAAUUCCUCGUAUAUUACGUGCAUUGACUUAUGCAGAAACAAGACAGACAAAUAAUCCAUUCAAGAAUUCUGUAGAAGAAGAAACGGGAUUGGAGAAACAACAAAUGUCGCUUUUGAAGCUUAUUCCAAGUGUAGGAGAAAAGGCAGCUCUAAAGUUGCUGAAGUCUUAUGGACACAUCUCAGCAAUUUCUAAGUUGUCAGAGGAGAGACUUGCCUGCAAAAUAGGUAAAGCUGACGCAGCUAAAGUGUACAAUUUUUUUCGUCACCGUGUUGUGCUGUGAUAUAUUUUUUCCUUAAAUGUAUGCACAUAGUGUAUGUGCCCUUUUAGGGAAGACGAUAUGAUAAAAUGACAGACUUUAUAUGACGAGUCACAUCACACUAAGAUUGUAAUAAUGUAAAUUGGACCAAUUUUUUCGUUGAAUAACUAACACUAAACAAUAUUUAAAUUUUAUAAUUUUA